GUCUUGCUCGCUCUCUCGCUUCCAUGUUUGUUCGUGGUCAUUUUGCAUUUCUGUGCUAGAUUUUCCAGUUUAACAAUUCAAUUAAUGAUUUUAUCGAUAUAAGUGUGUAAUUAAUGAAAUUAUCGGAAUUACGGCGACCUCGCGAGGAUUUGUCGCCCAAUAAAAAGUGCGCAACGGCAAUAUAAUAACAGGGAGGCUGAUUCGCUCGUUCUCUCCAAGACAAUUCGAAGUGAUAGGCUAACGAAGGAAAUUAAUUGAUACGGAGUGACACGGUUAGUCAUCAGCAUCAGACGCAUUUUCGAUGGCGUCCGAUAAAAUUGUGGACAAAUCGUGAAUGUCGGUUCCGCGAGCGGCAAGUAAUCACCGAUAAAGUUCCAUUGUUCAGUUUCUUUGUGAUUUCACGAUGAUACGCACGCGAAGAUAACAAAAUCUUGUUUUUGUUCCAAUUUUUUCUUGUUUUGUUACGGUACUUUUAUUACUUUAUAUAGAUAAUAAGCUAAAAAUACUUUUUAUUUCGAAAUAAAUUAAAUUUGAGAUUACAAAAGUCAUUAGUGAAUUUGUCAAUGGUGGAUUAUUGUGUUCUUGGGUCUCAUAACGAGUCUGGCGAUGGCAACAAACAGAAGCGGUGCGGCGCAAAGGCCGAACGGCGCGCCACAAACUAAGGUGUGCCAGUUCAAACUGGUGUUACUGGGCGAAUCGGCUGUCGGUAAAUCAUCGCUAGUGCUACGAUUCGUGAAGGGCCAGUUCCACGAGUACCAGGAGAGCACCAUUGGUGCUGCAUUCCUUACGCAAACACUCUGCCUCGAUGACACUACGGUCAAGUUUGAGAUAUGGGAUACGGCGGGACAGGAGAGGUACCACAGCUUAGCGCCCAUGUACUACAGGGGGGCGCAAGCGGCGAUCGUAGUAUAUGACAUCACUAAUCAGGACACAUUCGGUCGCGCCAAGAACUGGGUGAAGGAACUGCAGCGGCAGGCGUCUCCGUCCAUCGUGAUCGCGCUGGCGGGUAACAAGAGCGACCUGGCCGCUAAGCGCAUGGUGGAGUUCGAGGAAGCGCAGGCCUACGCCGACGAGAACGGGCUGCUGUUCAUGGAGACCAGCGCCAAGACGGCCAUGAACGUUAACGAUAUAUUCCUAGCUAUCGCGAACAAGUUACCAAAGAGCGAGAGCGCGGGCGGCGGCGCGGCGGGCGGCGCGCGCCGACUCAACGACGCCGACGCGCCGCGCGCCUCGGCGUGCUGCAAGUGAUAGCGCCCCCGCCCCCGCCCCGCGCGCCCCCGCACCCCGCCCCGCCCGCACCGCGGCGCGGGUCUCCUUUCAACUUAUCUGUAACCGUAACGAGUAAAGAGGAUAUGAAUAUAUAUAUAUAUAUAUCAUUAUAAAGUUCACUUGUAUCGUGGUGUAGCUCGAUAUCACUCCAGACUCAUUAUUUCCAUAGCGAUGUGCGAGCCGCCGGUCCGUUGCCGUGUCGUAUACUCGGGAGACGGCACUGUAGAUAUUGGCGCCCGAAAUUCUAAAAUAUUAAUCGAGGUUAUUCGUGACGGUUAAAAUCGUUUGUAUUAUAAAAUUAUAAUUUGCCGUUUCUUAGAUGUUCGAUUGGCCGUAUGACGAACUAGAGUGAGCGUGUUUGUAUGUCGAUAUGUAAAUAACGGCUUAAUAGAUCAAAUGUAUGAAAUGAAUUCGUCGAGGCGACAUAUCCUCGAAGCGAAGAGACGCUCGUCUUUUACUCUCCGCGUUAAUAUCCAUCUCGGUACUUUUAAUUAAACCCAAGCUGCACUGAGUAUAUUAUUAAUUUGAAAUUAAAUUAUUUAACAUUUUACAAAAAUUUGUAUUCCUAUGAUUUACAGUCAUUGAUUAUCACGAGAUAUAUUUGAAAGUACCUUCACCUUCACCUUCUCCUCAAAAAGAGGAGAGGAGGCCUUUAGCCCAGCAGUGGGACAUUCACAGGCUGUUACGGGGUACGGGUAUAUUUGAAAAUAAUUAAUUAACUUGGAGCGUUUAAUCAUUGACGAAAUGUCUUUUUUUUUCGAUUGAAUUAAUCGCUUUGAAAACGGUAUAAAUUUAAAAUCAAAUAGUCGUAUCUAACACUAAUAUUACCUUUAUUUUUUCCAUUGAUUCCAAACUAUUUUCUUUCCUCGUUUCAACAGUUUGAGAUCGAUAUUUGUGAUGUAAUUAGAGUAAAAUCGUGCUAUUAUCAGCGUUGGGUUGGUUGCAAAGUGUAACUAUAAAUCAUGAAUCUACUACGCGCUUCAAAAGCUUAUAUUAUUUGUUUUAUAUUUUAAGCAAUUUUUUUUUAUAUAUAUUCAUAUAUAUGUAAUGGUUAUAUUUCAUCGAUUUAUUUUGCCGUCCCGCAUAGAUGGAACUUAGGUCGUUUUUAUUUAGUUCAAAAUGCAUAUGGAUAUAUGAAGGUAGAUAACAAGGCUCACGUAGUUGACCAUAAUUACUUUAUAAACGCUAAUGAUACAAUGGAUAACACUAUAUUAUAUUAUAUAAAUAAUAUGUAUUAUAUAUUAUCUGUGAAAUUAUAUUUUUAAGGGAAGUAUGGGUUUAAAUGUCAGGUUAUUAGUUAACAAAUAAUACGUUUUGUUGAAAACGCAUUCCAAACGAGACGCCUCGGCGCUCGCUUAUAUUAAAUUAUAAAUUAUAUAGCAACAUGGUGGCCACGGGAGGAGAACAUGUCUAUAAUAUUAAACGAUUACUAUUGAUAAAAAUUAUAAUUACGGUUCAAAUUGUCAAAGUAUUCGUGAGUAAAAUGUUUGAGUUAUAUACAGAAACAUACAGCGCCCCGCCGCGGAUAGUUUAUGGAACUAGUCAUUUAAGUGAAAAGACUUUUAUUAAAGCGGGUUUCAGAUUUUUGUUAAACAUGGGAAUUUACGUCGCGAAGUUAGCGCGGUAAACGUUUCUCCGCACGCAAUGGCUCACCGCUCGAGUUCACUCGCUCCACGGGCAAUGUAACGUACGCCUUGGCUAACUAGAAUUACGUGUACAUACAAAAUUAUAUUCAUUUACACACACAAAUACAAUCUUCAGCUCAUUCGUUUGUCAUACACGUAACUAUCUAAUGUCCGAGUUAUUUGAAUGAAUAAAGAUUCUCCCCGUGGUCAUAUUUAUAUAUAUACAUAUAUACUUUAGUCGGUAUUUUUCGCUUAUAUUUCAAAACCAGUGAACGUUUUCGUCAACAGCAAACAUUUGUGCUCGUAUAUCGAUUGUUCAGAAAUAUAAAUAUACUUAAAAAAACAAUUUUCUACAAAACAGUUACUACAAUAGCUUUGAAAAUAAAAUAUAUUCCAAUUAAUUAUUUGCUCAGACCUGAGUUAAUGAUUUAUUUAUUGAUUGUGAUUUUGUAAUGAAACAUAUUUUUUUCUACUUCUCAUAGAAUCAUCCGAUGGAAAAUCGUAAUGAGAAAUAAAUCUGAUAUAGGAUUAUGUAUCAGAAAAUGUUUUAAAAAUCUUUGGUCGUCAAACGAAACUCGUUGUAACCAUCGUAUCGUUUAACUUUCGUUCUAUAAUUUCAUUAACAAAUCACUCUCGCGUUUAACUCUUGAUCUGACUUUUAAAAUGCUAUUAUUAUUCGAAAUGUAAAAAUAUAAUUGCGUGUUAUAGAAUAUCACUUAAUGCGCUUUCAGUACAUAUUGAACGUAACUUUUUACAAUACCUUGGCUGUAUUUAGCAAUAUUAGGUAAAUUUGAAUUGCAUUUUCCCAACAGACGUGUCCGGAAUGUAUAGUUCAAUCAAGAGAUAGGCUUACAAGUUUUAAUAUUAAAGUGUAAAACAUCAAAAUGAAUUACUCGUCAGUAUAAUGGUCAGUCGCAGGAAACAUUUUUUGAUGUACGUGUCUAUACAUAGAUACAGGAGUACCUGUGUUCGUAUUGGACUUAAUAACUGUUGAAUUUUGUUUAAAUAAAUUGGGUUUUUUUGUGCGAAAGUUGUUAAAUUUUAGACAUGACAUCAUAAAAUGUUUAAUUACGUAAACUUAAUCAAAAAUACCGCUUCCGAUUACAUAUAGUUGUUCGUGAUCUUACCGAUGAAUUGUCGAUUUGAGUUUUAUGUGAUGAGUUAAAUCGACACGUCGCGGUAAGAUUUGAGGAGGAAGCGGAAGUCGAUAGUGAACAUUAUAGAAUAGAGUAGAAAUUAUAUCGGACUUUGUUCUUGUAAUCAUAAAGUUAUUCGUACAGCCGGCGAGAGGACGUUGAUCAAUGUCAUAUAGUAUGUUUUUGUAUCGUGUAAAUAUUUUGGAUUUAUUAAGAUUAUUAUAUUGAAUAAAAAAAUAUUGUAAAUGAA